AUGCUCACUGCGAAAUCAUACCGGAAACGCCUCCACGGCUGGCUGAGCUAUGCAUUUGCAAGUGAGGUGUUCGUCAUCGUGUCGCUGACGCUGUUCCUCCCCAUUUGCCUCGAACAAUUCGCUCGAGACAAUGGGUACCUUCUGCCGGACAAGACAAUACCUUGCACUGGCGUCCCAGGAGAGCCCCAAGAUGGGCGUUGUGUGGUUAAGAUUGGCUGGGUAUGGAUUGAUACGGCCUCUUUCAGCUUGUACACUUACUCUGCUUCUGUUGCUCUUCAAGCUUUGACCGUCAUCUCCAUGGGCGGAAUUGCGGACCACCCCCCGCAUCGCAAAGUCCUUCUACUCACAUUUGCCUACUUGGGCGCCACUGCUGCCACUCUCUUCCUCCUUUUGACUUCCUCUUCACCUGUCUGGUGGCUGGCGUCGGGUCUUGCGUGCAUUGCGAAUGUGGGCUUCGGCGCCUCCAUUGUUGCGAUGAACUCUUAUCUUCCCUCACUGGCCAAAGAUGCGCCCGAGGUUGUCGCUGUGAUGGACGAGCUUCAGGACGCACCCGGCGAUUCGAGCUCCCACGAAUCAGAAAAUCCAGAUGCACCACUUAUUGCCCCAACUGCCGAACGAACUGCCCUUCAAGCACGCUACGAGAAUGAACUCUCACGAGCAACCUCACGUAUAUCAUCGCUGGGUGUGGCCAUAGGCUAUGGCGCGGGCAUUUGUUUGCUCGCUCUAGCGCUUAUUCCUGUCAUCAAGCUCAAGGGCACGACUUUCUCCUUGCGGUUGGCCAUCGGUAGCUCCGGUAUUUGGUGGGCAUUGUUCACAAUUCCAGCGGCACUAUGGCUUCCAGGUGCCUCAUCAAUCGAUGAACCAUCUCCCAAAGACUGGAGUUUUCGCCACGAAAUUGUCGCCGCCUGGAAACGUCUCGGAGGGAUGCUCCAUCCUCGGGAGAUUGCGAAACUACGAAACACCUUCAAAUAUCUCGCAGCGUGGUUCCUUCUUUCCGAUGGAUUUACGACGAUCACUUCGACUGCCGUUCUUUUUGGAAAAACAACGCUCCAUAUGCAGCCAAGCGCGCUUAUCGUCAUUGGCGUGUUGACGCCUCUCGCAGGCAUUGGGGGCUCUCUGAUGUGGCCAUUCCUUCAGCGGAGCUUUGGCUGGUCGAAUCUCCGGGUCUUGACCACACUCGUGAUGCUUGCAUCGGUCGUCCCUGCCUAUGGCUGUCUCGGCUUUCUUCCUCUCUUCCAUGGAGAGGACAAAGUCCGCUUCGGUGGGCUUACAUCGCCAGAGGAGAUGUUCGUGCUCGCGCUCUACUUUGGCUCCAUAUACGGGGCAUUCCAAAGCUUUGCUCGUGCUUUCUAUGCAGAGCUGCUCCCUCCAGGCGAGGAAGCGCGGUGGUAUGGUCUGUUUUCCAUCACAGACAAGUCGAGUUCGUUCAUCGGCCCUCUGAUUGUUGGGUUGAUCGCGGACACGACGGGCAACAUUCGCUACUCGUUCUUCUUCCUGGUCUUCAUGGUCUGGGCGGCUGUUCCCGUGUUGCUGAGCGUCAAUGUCGAACGGGGCAGGAAAGACGCCAGAGACUAUCGAUAUCGCGCCUGA